AUGAAUCAAGAGAUAUUUAUCUGUGGAGUUAAAGUUGGAGUAAAUGAGAUAGUUACUGGCAAAUUAUUGAAUGAAGUUGUUUUUAACUUAUUAAAUCAAAUAGGCAUGAGUAGGUCUUCAACAAUUAUACAAAGCAAUAAAACUUUAUCAUUAACACAAUCUCAAGAUACUGCUUAUCAAAGCAUACAAAAACUUGAAGAGACUCAACCUCAUCCAAUAGAAAGGAAAAAUGAUAGGUAUAAAUCAGCACUACUAAGUCCAUCAUCUCAAACUGACUUAGAAACUUCUUGUUCAUUGUUUACAAAUAACACACAUACCAUUCUAACAACUCAACAAACUAAUUCUAUACAAACAAAAUCUGAAAUUAUACAACCAAUUGAAUCAUUUAGUCCAAUAGAUAAAAGAAUAAAAGAAAGAGCUAAAACUGAAAUUAUUACAAAAGAAGUUUUUAUUCAAGAAGAUGAAGAUUUUAAGGGAGAUUUAAAAUAUAUCAAAGAGUCAAUUACUUACUUUUAUAAAUGGACAGAAUUAAGUCAAUGUCGAUUAAUUUUUGAUUCUACAAUUGAAUAUGAUCCAGAUGAACAUGAAGUUUCAAGUUUUAAUAGGUUAAUUCUCAAUAAAGAAAAUUUAUUACUUAUUUAUCAAACUAAUUUAAAAGGUCAUUUAGCAGGAAUAUUUAUUAAAGAUAAAAUAAAAGUUAUUGGAAAGAAUAUACUCAAAGAAAAUAAUUUCCCAUUUUCAUUAAAAUGUAAUGGAGAAUUAGAUAGAACAAAAAAGUUUGUUAGAUGCAAAGCACAAGGAGUAUGUCCUCUUGAAUUAACCUUGACACAAACAAAUCAAAUUGAUUUAAAAAAUAAACCAUUUUUCUUUAUCUAUGGAAAUAGAGAUAUUUCAUUAAAAGUAGGAUUGUCUUCAUGUUACUCAACUUUAAGUGAUGAGUUUAUUGAUAUUAGAGGUACCUUAAAUUGUUGUACAGCAAUGGGAGGAACUUGUUUUAAUGUUGGAAGAAUUGUUGUAGUUCAAUUAUAUUAA